AUGGGCCGCAGAAAGGAGAUAAUCAACGGGCAGCGGAGCCGCACCUGCGAGCUCCAUAGUGUACCUAGAGGGGCGGAGUUCUGUCGAGGCCCCACUACUGUCAUCAUAUACGGUACUCAAUCCUCUAGCGUAGAAAACCAACCGAAGCCACGCUCAGGAACUCCGCGGAAGCUUUCUGAAGAGCAGCGCAAUAAUAUAUUCGAUGCAUCAACCAUCAGAACCCCUAUACUAACUAAUCGAGUGUUAGGGAUUCAGAAGUUGGGAUCGGGAAUGCGCCGGCCACGCGGACCUGAGCCUGAGGGCAUGCGCUACCCCGGAAAGCCGCUGCACCGUCCUUGGGCGCGGGCGCAUCGUGCUCUGCCUGGUCCAUGGCUCCGACAUCAAUCUUCUGCCCAUGAAUACCGCUCUCCCAUUAUGCUCACUCCCUCUCUCUAACGCGCACGUCCACCCUCCACUUGACAAUCACUAUCGCUAGGUUUGUUCGCGUCUUUCGCCGGUUCCCGUUGACCAUCCCUCUUAUUAUACGGUAGGGAUCAGUUAGUGACUAGAGAACAUAAUCCGUAACCCGGUAGGUAA